CACCGCUGAGUUUUCGAAAUCGCGAUGACGACUGGUGUCCUUCUUCGAGCCUGCCGCGGAGUGGCGGCGGCAGCGGCGCCCCGACUUCGUCCGUCCAGUACGAUGUUCAUGGCCUCUUCUGUCCGCUUCUUCAGUGACGAAAAAGUGCCAACCAACACAGGACGAUGGGUUGUGGGGGACUCCGCGACUACGCCGUUGACCGGCAACGACUCGGACUUGCUCAAAUUUGUCGACCAGGACAGUACCGAGACUCCGUCUCAUGUAUCUCCCUUGUCCACGCCUGAAAUCCUGCGUGUCGGCAGCGGCGACGACGAGGAAACGCUGGUGAUUCCGGGUGUGGAGAACGACUUGGAGUCGUUUGAGGUGGCGGAGGACGACGUCGACGACAUCGACGACGAGUACGACGACGACGAAGAUGUGUCGUCGCUCCAAGACCAGGUGUACGAGGACUGGAAUAUCGACGACAACGACCUGAUCUUGCCGGAAAUGAUGAACUGGAUGCUGCCCAAGGCCCAGCGCGAGCCACUUCGUGCCCCCAAGGAAAAGAUCUGGACCGAGUUUGUCAAGGCUGACUUGGACCCCGUGGAAUUGGCGCUGAACGUCGACCUGCUGCGACUGUUCAUCUCGCCCACCGGCCGCAUGCUGCCCCGCCGCUUUACCGGUCUCCGCGCCAAGCAACAACGCCAGUUGGCGGCUGCGAUCAAGAAUGCGCGUCAGAUGGCGCUGCUGCCGUACACAAGUCGAUACCCGAUGCCGUCGCCAGAGCAAAUGCAGCUGCUCACGGAACAAGCGGUGGCCAUGUAUGACGACUUUGACUUUGAAUCCGGCGACCACGAGCGCGACGAAGACGAUGUCGACGCCAUGUACGUCGAAGAGUAGGAACAAAGUACAACAACAUUGCUAUACUUUGGACUGGUCUUGGUUACACAAAUAUACACAAAUAUACUAUUAG